GCGAGCGGACGCCUCUUCAGUGUUGUUCUUUGUAUGUGAAUUUUCAGUGGAAAUACGUACGAAUGUUUUCACAGCAAGUUUUGAAACUUCGGGCAUGUUUUAUUGUGUGAUUGUAUAGAAGUGUAAAAACGGCAAAGUUGUAUAUUAAUCCUGCGGGUACAGUUUUUGCGGCGUGCUUUUUGAGUUGUUUUUUUUUAUUGUUUUGUUUUUUGUAGUUUUUAGUUUUGUGUUGUUUGUGGUUGGGAUUGUACGGAGUUUAUUUUUUGAUGACUGGGACCGGAGGCUAGGGUCCAAAGGACUCGCGUGACCCUCUAAUGGUUUAAUCCAUUUGCCGCAAUGGAGAGAAGGGACGAGCUCCACCGCUGCAGCAUAGCCAAGCAGACCAUCCUAACCACACACCCGAGCGGUCUGCAGACCAGGGUAUCAGUGGAACUUGCUAAUUUCGACGCGCUAUGUGUGCAUUCAGAGUGUAAAACCAAGAAACCCCUAUGGGAGAGCCCAUUUAUGAAUAGAAGAGGAGUUUUGGGUGGAGUUUCAGCAAACGUUACUCCCAUUCUUGGGAGGCGGAGUGAUGUGGUGAAUGAGGGGAGGUUGUCCCAGCAAUGUACUCCAGUGAUGCGGCGCAGGGAGGUGGACAGUCCUGGUGGUUCUCCCCUGCUUGCCAGGCGGGAGCUGGAGGAUGAGGAGGGGUGUGACGUGGACAACAGUGUCAUCAGUGGCUGGUUGAAGUUCCGGGACAACAAACGGUGGAAGUCUCGCUGGGGCGUCGUCACCAAGCUGUCUCCCGCUGCAGACUGCCUCCACCUACAGCUGUACCGGGACCCCAAGGACCGCUACAAGAAGGGGCAGACCAAGGCGUCGCUGUCGCUGCAGCACUUCCUCGGCUUCGAGUCGGGCUUCACGCUGGACAAGGAGUCCAACACCAUCGCCAUCAUCUGCCAGGACGUCACUGUGGUUUUAGCAUUCGAGACCAGGGAAAGACUGAUCGCCUGGCAGGUGAAGGUGGGCGGGCAACUGGGCUGUUCCAAGGAGUACCUGGUGAUGAUCGGCGGCGGCUCGAGGAAGCUGCCUGCGGGCCCGGCCAGGCUGCACAUCCAGGGACGAAGGUUUGCUCUCACCAGCGGGGUGCCGCCUCGCCUGCUGGGGUUAUGGGAGCUAGCUCAUUUGAGGCGUUACGGCGUAGUAGAGGGCCGAUUCUGCUUCGAAGGAGGCUCGCACUGCGGGAAGGGCGAGGGUCUUCACAUGCUCAUGACAGACCAGGCUCAAGACAUCGCUGAUGCUUUUGAUCAGGCCGCUCAAGGGAAACUACAACAGAAGGCAACUACCCAAAGGACAGCUGAUCGUGCAACUAAAUCUCGACCAAACACAAGAUUAUCGGAUUUCAAUACAACUGAUCCAAAUCUUCUUGACACAGCUAGUGCACUUUAUGAGGAAAACUACUUUGGCGAAGAUUGUGGAGAGAUUUCUCCCUUUUGGCCAUCGGCAGAAGCACGAGGAUUUGACGAAAGAGAAUAUAGACCAGAAACAGAAAUAAGUGUGAAACCACCGUGGAGCGGGGCAGAUCACGUCACAUUAGAAAGAUGCAAUAAUUGUUUGACAAAACUCGGUGGCUUGACUCAGUCUUCAACUGUAACUUUAAAUACACGAGGUAAUUUUAACCCAGCGUGGACUAUGGAAGCUGUUCCUGAAAGUAGUUCUGACAAUUCCUCUAACAGUACGGAAUACUUUACACCGAACGCGCCGAAAAGAAAUCAAGACUCAUGUCAUUGCAAAGAUCAGCCUCCGCAAAGACCUCCAAAACCCCUGCAGUAUGACAAGAAAAAACCGCCAGCUCCAUUGCCUCCACAAGCUUGUAAAUGUAACUCAAAUGAUAUUUUUUGUCCAAGCAGUAAUCCAAAAGUUGGCCCAUAUGAAAACUAUGAUGUUCCCAAAGUAGCACAUAGUGAGGUAGUGGAUAAUGCAGAAUAUUAUGACACACCAAAAAGGAUAAAAAAAGCUUUAGCUGAUGAUCUUUUUCAAGUUACCCAACCUUCUGUACCUGGAUCACUAGUGUUAAAGAAAAAAUGUGGUUGUAUAUUGAAGUUUGGGUCAAAAAAGAAUCCAGUUAUAAUAGACAGCGAUGAAAAUCUGCAGCCCGAUGAUUGUCCGUGCCAAAAAGUUACAAACUGGGCAAACACUUUAAUUAGUCUACCGUAUUGUAAAAGAAGCACAAGUAGUGAAAGAUUAAACACAGAACUCAGUAAUACCAAUAAUGAUGAUACCGCUAUUUAUGCUACUGUAGAUAUUUCUAGAAAAACUAACCGACAAAGUACUGUUUCUGACCAAGACAAAAGUCACGAUGGAGCCAGUGCUACAGUAUUUACGAAUUAUCAAAAUGUGGAUAUUCGUGACGAUAAAGCAUUUGAAGGUCCAUAUGCUAAUUAUGAAAAUCUUGAAUUUGCUUUAUCAUUAGAGUAUUAUGAAAACGCUAAGGAUUUACUAAAGAAAGCAGGAGUCACCCAGAGUGAACUUGAUGCUCUUAGCGCUAAUAUAGAUUUAGCAACCGCAACUUUACCACGAAAACCGAAGACUUGUGUAAAAUGUAACCACCAUAAGUCUCUAACUGGCAAUGAGACUCAUAAUAAAACUGAUGAAUAUUUAUUGAUGGAACCACCAAACGAUGUCAGGCGAAAUAUAGUGUGUAGAACUGUAGGUCUUAACCCUGGAUACACACCUAUGUCUCCAAAUCCUAAUUGGUCACAAAGUUUGAAGCACCCCAUCUCGAAAGUUCAUAGAGCUGAAAUAGAGAAGUCACUAAGUAUACCAACGUUAAAUGGUAGUGGUUGUCAUACAUUUGACGUCUCUCCUAAUAUCAGUAAGGAAGCAAAACGAUCCAGUUCAGUAGACUCAGCUAGACUUUUAGAAGAUUUAAAAGAAUUUGAUAGUAGCAUAGGCAGCCAUGCAACAACGUCAUCUAUGGAAACAUUAAGAAAUUUGGCCUUAGAGAAUAGAUUGUCGUCCCCCAGCGAAAACGACCGAGAAUGUUACGAGUGUUGUAAAUCUUCUGGGUCUGAAAAUAAGACUUCUGAAGACAGUUUUUCCAAAGAUAUACCACAUUUACGGAAUAAACACAUGGAUAACGCUGCAAUCAAAAGAUCAUCUAGUGUUCCUUGCAAAGGUGGUAAUCGAGAUUCAUCGAGUUCGAAUGACUCAGGUGUUUCCAGUUGUUCCUUAAAACAUGGUGUUGGAGAAUUUCAAGAGUUCGAAAUGCCUCUAACAUCAGGUAGUUCCAGGUAUCAAUACAUGGUACAUAAGAGAAUGCGAGGGAAUCUAUCAGGAUCAAUACAUUCCUCAUUGCCACGGAAAUCUAAAUCAUCGGAUCCUCUAAGAGACCAACCAAUGCAGUUGCAUAAAAGUCAUGGUACUGCUAAGUCAUCUUCAGCUGAAGCUGAGGUUCCUGUACUACCUCCAAAGCAGUUCAAAGGAGUAUUGGACACGCACAGCACGUCUAGCGGCACCUCGGACAUGUCUGACUACAUUGAAACUCUGUCCUUGACUUCUUCACACUCUUCUUCGGAUAAUCAAAGUGGAUUGAGGAUAAGUCGACAACCGACGAACACCCUCCGACCUCGCUCCGGCAAGGAGUACCACAACCUCGACCCCAUCAUCACGUCUAUGUACAAAAACGGGAAGAAUAUCGGAAACUACACCAAUCUGCCAUAAAAUGUCCUCGUAAUUAUAUUGUGAUUAUAAACAGAAAAGCAUGAAAUUGGUGAGAUGAGACUGGGCGGUAGAUAAUUACUGUUUUACAUAAACUCAAUACUCUACAUCAAUAAAUCUUUGUUGUCUACGUAAAAUGUUUGUACAUAAACUUAAACAUCGCUCUCUAGUUGUUGAUGUAGGAAGGGAGUUAGAAUUUGUUAUACAAAAUAAAUACGAAGACGCUUGUGUGUAAACUAUUGGCUCCUACCCAAUAUGCGAUAUAUGUGUUUGAGUUGAGUAUCAAUACACUAUACAAUCACAUUAAACACUGAUUGUUUCAUAUUUUGAAAUUUAAGUUUAAUUAUCAACAUCCACAGCACUUCUUCUUUCUUUUUCUUUCUUACUUCCCAAUAUUUCCUCUGCAAAAUAUGUAGAGGAAAUAUUGGGAAGUAAAUACGAGUAAUAAGCAUGAAACAUUUAAAUAAAGAGGCCAAAGAUUUUUUCUGUUUUCAUAGAAUUCAGGAACAUGAAAACCAUAAUUUUCAUUGAAAUAAUAUGCUUAUAAUUCUCUACCCUCAGUAAAUUUCACCAAUAAUUAAUACUAUUAUUGUGGACUGCAUAAAUAUAAUAUUUGCAGCUAGAUUGGAUAAUGAGUAUGCAUCCAACUUUAAAUAAUUUUAUGCUAAAUCGUAAUGAUAGAGGUAUUUUAUUGUAAGUAAAGAGAAACAAAGGUUGUAAUGAAAAUCAUAUUAUGCUUCUUAAUAAUAAUAUUUUUUUGCCUUGCUCACAAACGUUAAUUUCAUUGUUUUUAAAAGAAACUUAGUUGAUUGCUUAUUAUGUUUAAUUUUACUCUACAUAAAUAAGCCAAAAAGCUUCGAAAAAAGGUAACCUUUUUUGUUUUGACCGAGGCACUCCCGUAUCCCCAGAUUACUUAAACUUAGCUAUCGCAUGUAAGCAAGGCUCGUCGUGUUAAUCUCUAUAAUGUAUCUGGAAACGAUUUGAUAUAAUUUAGUGGACCGAGCCAACCUGUACUUCAACUCUUCAACAACAACUUAGCAACGGCAAAUAAUUUCAACAAAUUGUCCUACAGUACACACAUUGCAGUAAACUACAGCAGUCCGUCAGACGUAAUCAUUGACUUUUAGAUUUGUCAAACUAACAAACGAAUUUAAAAUGUUUAUUAAACUCUCUAAUUAACAAAUUGAUGCUAUGUGUUAUUAUUAACAAUCGAUAUAAUAAUAUCGAUUCUCGAUUUUUACUGUAACUUCUAAUACACUACGAAUAAUAUAUGUUAAAUGAUGUUGAGUUUGUACAUAAUAGACUUAUGGCGAAAAUUAUCUAAAACAAUGUUUGAGUUAAUUGCCAGAAGUUGCACAAGAAGAACAUGUUACGCUUGCGCUUGUGUCCGGUACGCUUAGGUUUCGAUAGUAUAAAUUACUUACUAUAAUAAUUCUGAGAUAGCUCAGACUGAGAGUCUUAUUAACUGGGUAUGCAAAUUUUUAUCCUAUGUACAAUUUAUUCACCUACAUUAUUACAAGGGGCGUUUGAAAAGUUAGUAGCCAUCUUCAUCAAAACCCUCAAAAAAUGGAUAGACCUCUUUGAGAUCUACAUUUUUGGAUUUUUUUAAACUCAUAGGUGGUUUUAUCAACUUAAGUAAGAAAUAAAAGUUUGAUAGAACUAGAAUAUGUGAAGUGAGGUAAGGUUACAAAAAAAUACAAAACCACACUGAUGAAUUUCUGCUUUCAACCGACAUGUGAACUCGCACAUUAUCCUGAUGAAACAAAACCUUUCUUCUCAAUAAUCCUGGCCGUUUUUCUAUAGCUUCUCCUCUGAAGAAUCGCAGCAGAUUUCAAUAGUAAGCUGAGUUUAUAGUUACAACUUUUUUUAUGUAAUCCACCAUAAUUAUAUCCCUAAAAUCUCAGAAAACUGAAGCCAUUACUUUUCCAGCGGAUAAAACCGCUUCUGCAUUUUUGAAAUAGCGAAUUCUGGUCGUGUCCACCUUUUAGACUAUACUUUAGUUUCUGAAGUAUAGUAAAGUAUAUGUAUUACUUACUUCACUUACUUACUUUAUUAUUUACUUCAACGGGAUCACGUGGGAAAUCGUAACGAAUGCAAAUAAAUGAAUGAAAUUUUAUACUAGUGAAUAUUGUAGCUUCAAUAAAAUGAGGGUACUUUAAAAACAGUAUGACAUUCCGUUAUGUCGAUAUGUUAGGCUACAAACUUUUCUAACGACCCUAGUAUAUUUGCUGUGAAACAAAAACGAUAGCUAUUGUUUAGAUUUGACCUCAGCCUAACAAAAUAUAGAAUUUACAUUUAUAUGAAAUAAGACUGACAUUAUAUUUUAUUUUCCAUUGUUUUGAUAAUUUGUGAUCCAUAUUCUUUAUUUUAUUUAUUCUAAUAAGGAAUCUAGUCAGACAAAUGCUUAAGAUAAUGUAUUUAGUUGAUUAUUUUCGUUAUCGUUUUGGUGUGGCUGCUCUACGUUUUUUAAAUGUUUAUUUGGAGCGUUUUAAAAUGGUAGGUAUGAUUGAGACCGACGAAAUACUAAAACAAUAGUAUAUAUGAAUUGUUUUGAUGUGGCACAUAUAUACACAACCGAUGAGAUUGUUUAUGAGACGGUAAACGUUAUUUUCUUGGAAAAGUGUCUAAAAACUGGCCAAUUAUUUAAAAUCGUUAGUCAGGCACUAGUGAAUGUGUUGAGGUGUCAUGUAAGAGUAAUAAAAAGUAUAUUAUCUGUACUUCAAGAUAGAGGUGAAGUAAAAUCUACCACGUUAAACAUUUCCAUCUCUAACAGUCUACCAAGAGGCUGAGACAAAGUCUAUUUUACGCUAAGUACGACUCAUGAUCAAAUUGUAUGAAGAUUCCAUUUUAGUUUAGCGGUUUUUGGCAGCAGUAACCAAGCUAUUACUUUGUGUGGCGGAUCGGCUCAACGAAUGAAUGUUAAUAGUUUAUCGUGGCGCUAACUUCGUGGCGCGAGGCAAGCCAAGUCUCGGCUUGUCCGAGUGCCAGCCGAUAUUGUCUGUAGUUUUUUUACUGUCAUCACACAUGAGGCGAGUGCCCAGAGCCUCCAUUUUAUGGGGCCUCUGAGCAAAAGCCUCUAAUGUUAAUACUAUUUACUCCAUUGUAUAGUUUAUUAACAUUCAUUCGGCUUAUCUUGACCUUGAAACAUUUUAAGUUCUAGAGUUUCUACGAAUAUAAUAUGUCGUAAGAACACUUUGUUUGUACAUUUGUCAAAUAAUCGUUAAAAUUGUAAGAAAAUUUUUAUGGGCUGAUGUGGAUCCUGAUAAUUCUUAAGAUCAUGACAUUUAACGUAAGCGGUGGAUUCACAUACGUUAUGGUGACACUGUGAAAAUAAAAGAAUGCUAACAAUAUAUUUAAUAAUAUAAUUUGGGGCAACUACAUUGCAUGUUUUGUAAAGUGAGAAGCUUACCCCCGAAGUAUUUAAUUUUAUCGCCAUUAUGUAUGUGUAUAAAAGUGUAAGCUACCCACCAAGACCUAAAAUGGAAAUCAAUAAUUUCUGAAGAUCACCUACCUAUCAUCAUCAUCAAAUGCGGAACGUUGAAGUACUUUUAGUUACUUUUAUUAGUAAAGUCAGACCUUUUCCGAUCGCAAUUAGACAAGCCUAAAUAAAUUUCAGUCUAGUACCAAUUAAUAAAAUUUACGUAUGUCUCUAUAAUACUCUAGGGGCAAUAACAUCUCACUGUUUAGAAGAUUUUAGGAAUGUGUUUGUUAUGUGAGAACUUAGUCUUUUAUUUUGUUUUCAAAUGCAUCAUUAGAACGCAAAGUGAACAGUAGUAUAUAAUGUAAAGUUGUAUAAAUGUCCGGGGUGAGCACACAACGAGUAACCGUAGCGGGUAGGAUGUAACUGCGUUUUGUACCAUGUUUAUUACUCUAUGUAACCGCUGCUGUUACAUAUUCUAGCCCUAAGAUAAUUAUAAGAUAGAGAACAAAUAUAUCUAAAAUACUUUCGACUAUGUUUGAUAUAAAACAAAAAUCACCAUUUACAUCACAUGAAUUUUUUUAUAGGUCAUCUUUUUGCGAAAAAUCUAUACGUCAUCAAUUAUUAUAUAAUAAUUUUACAAAAUAACUGUCUUAAAUAUUAUUAAUUGACUAAAUAAAAUUUGUUUGUAACGAUUUAAUUAAAAACUACUCGACUGAUUUUAAAAAUUGUUCGACCAUUAAAAGCUCACAAACCAAUUGUUCACAAGUAAAAAAAAACUACUAAAUUUAAUCCCACGGGAACGCGUAUUACGCAGUUUAAUCCCUCGAUAGUGACAGACGUGAAUUUAGCUUUUAUGUCAGAAAAGCUUAAAUAAAUAUGAAAUGACGAUUUAUAACUUGCUAAACUUUUUAAAUAAAAUGAAAACCAGUGAUUUGUUUCUAUUCUAUUGACCGAACACCAAUUUAGACAGAACAAUAACAAUUAACUUUUAUUAUUUCAAUUGAAACUUAUAUACUAUAGUAUUGAUAAUAAUAAUUUGAAUAGAAUCCCAAAUGGUCUAAAUAAUAGGCAAUCAACUCGUAUAUCAUUAAAAUCAUUUACUUAGUCACCAGCAGUGUCCCAUGGUAUCCCUUGACAAUAAUGAGAUAUUAAUAUGUAGCCUACGUUCUAUUUGUAAACAGUCUAUCUGAAGGCUAAAUUUCAUCCUGAUCCGUUUAGCUAUUCUCCUAACUUAUACAGAUAAUAGCUAUAACAUACAGAGGGAGAUGGCGAUGAUUACCUUUUUUUUACUUUAGCCCGUGACUACAAUGUCAUGUGAUGGUAAGUUAUGAUGCAAUCUUAAAUGGAAGCGGGCUAACUUGUUAGGCGGAGGAUGAAAAUUCACAACCCUUUCGGCUUCUAUUCAACAUCGUACUGGAACGCCAAAUCGCUUGGCGUUACGUCUUUGCUUUGUAGGGUGGUAACUAGCCACGGCCAAAACCUCCCACCAACCGGACCUGGACCAAUUAAGAAAAUCUUAAUAGGAUAGCCGGGGAUCGAACCCAGGACCUCCGUCUUGUAAGUCCACCGCGCAUUCCACUGCGCCAAGUUCGUCUAUACACUUUAUCUAUAAUAGUCGACGCUCCGCUGUUUUACGAACGUAAUUUCCGUUCUCGUGAAAUUACUCGAAUACAAUAUAACCUAUGUUACUUGGAGAAGAUGUAGUUUUAUAAUGGUCAAACAAUUUUUAAAUUCGGUUGUUUAUUAAUUAAAUCGAAACAAACAAUCCAAGAUGAACUCGAAUCAUAACCCUAAAGUAUUUAAACUAAUUCUAUAACAUUAGUUUAGAUAUCAAACUUUGUUUAAAUUUUUUUUAGUUUUUAAUUCUAGCAUAAAGUCUGCUGUGAGAAAAUAUUAAAUUCAAAAUUUCACUCAGCAAUAGUUUUCUGUUUAUAACUCGUAACUAUUCAUUUGUCCGCGGCAAACUGUAUAAAGCCAACACAUAACUUUGUAGUUCGUACGAAACGAAUGAUGCAUUGAAAUGUAAAAAUGUUUCCUCUUCAAUAAAGAACUAAAACACAGUUUCGUUUCGCUGUGACUGCGCGGUGAGUGUGAAUGGGCGCUAACGAUUACUUGCAAUGUAAUUAAUGACCUAAAGCCUUUCAUCCGACAUGUACAGUAUAAAGCUUUUAUUUCCCAUUUAAAAAGAAGUACGAUUGAAAGUUUAUAUUUAAAUCGUAUUUCUGUUCUAUUAAUUUCAACCUAAAAUAGGUACGAGUAAGUACAAUAAAUUUAUAUUUACCUUUCUUUAAAAAAACCUUAAAUUCAUAUAUUUAAAUAGGCCUACUAAUAGAUUUUUUUAAAAAGAAGCUGUAAAAUAUUUAUUCUUAUUAUCCUUAGAAUUACUACAAUACUUUAUGUUACUAUUUAUUAAUUUUAAAUUACUUAAUAUUUAUUUAUGAUUAUAAGACUUUGAAAUUUGAAUAAUUUAAUAAAAAUAAUAAUCAGUGACAUAAUUUUAAUAACAAUUUUGUCGCGAUGUUCAUAAAACGAUUUGUAUAAAACUCAUCCUUAUGUAUGAUAGAGUCGACUUGAUCUAAUACCUACCUAUUGUAUAAUACCUACAUAUCUGUAGUUAUAUCGCUAGCAUGUACCCCUCCCCCCCUCCCCCUACCGACUACCCUCAAGUUACCUUUGUAUACCUACAUAUAAAUAAACAUUAUAGUUAUUUGU